UCUCUUUCUCAUCUUUCAAGUUUCAACCAAACCCUCACCUCCCCAGUCCCCUCAUCUCAACUCUCAAGCAGCCAAGCUUCCUCAACAGUCACCACCGCCCUCGCCGAAUCUCAAGUUUCCUCGAAUCCAUUCCUCAUCGCCCUCGGCACCUCGUCUCCUCUCAUCUUCACCCUUCAGAUCUUCUCAUCAUUCAGUCUCAUUCAACCUCUCAUCUUCAGAUUGCGGCUUCAGCCUUACACACCAUCUCACUAUCUCAGACUUCUCAGUCAGCGACACAGGCACACGGCUUCUUCGAUCUACACCCACACACUAUCUCAGUUACGACAGUCAGCGACACGGCUUCAUCAGCUUCCUCUGUCAAGCCUGUGAAGGGUUUUACCUCUAACUACUAGCAAUCAAGGGAAUGUCACCUCAGUCCUCAGGCUUACCUCUUGGAAAGAGAGAGAGAUAAAAGGGAUUGGGUGGACUAGGGAAAAAAAAUAGCCUUUGCUUCAAUUUUGGUACAAGAAUAGGGUUCCUACUGGAACCCACCCGCAAACGAAUGCAAGGUGUCAUUGUGGGUCUCACUUUAAUGUAUCGAUGGUGUUGAGAUAGUUCAAUCAAGCCUUUGCUUCAAUUUUGGUACAAGAAUAGGGUUCCUACUGGAACCCACCCGCAAACGAAUGCAAGGUGUCAUAGAGGAAUUGACAUAUGAAGCAGACUCUCAGGACAUCUCAAUCGAGGCAUACGGGGAUGAUCUUCUAGCCUGUAGAGAAGGGCUAGAUUGAGGCGCUACGAUCAUCCAAAUAUAAUCAAACGUUUAGGUCUGAAACGAGAUCUACCUAUCACAAGGUUGUUCACGGAGAGAAUUCACUCUCAUUUGAGGAUUGGCUACACAAUCAAGCGGUUGAAGACCUUUGGAUGACGGAUGCUAGACCUGGCAAAUGGCAAAUUGUAGCUCCCUCAGAAAAUCUUCUGCGUGUAUUCCAGGGAAUAAUUGAAGGUUUAGAACAAUUUAUUGAGAAAGAGGGAUACUAUGGAGGCACUCUAUUGAAGAGCAUAUCAAUUUCAGAAGAAGGGGAAGUUAAGCUGACCACACCUUUGACUUUUCCAGAAGAGGAUCAGUUUCUUGCAUUAAGGAAUGAUUUAAUCCAAUUUAUAGAUUUGGUUGUGUUGGCUGCAAGCAGAUUCCCUGGUAUGGGAUAUCCUCGGCCCAGUGUCAUAUUUUUAUUCGAUGAAUUGGUAUCUCGUUACAUCAACCGAUGCCAGACAGUGGAUGAGUUGAAGGAACUGUGGUUCUUUAUGAGGACAAAUCCAUUGUUUUAUAAUAGCGAGAAGAGAUACUAUUUUGUGCGAAAAACAUUCACGAUGCUAAAGAUGCAGUAUGGUAUCAUUAGGAGAAUUUCCUUGAUCGGGAGGUGGACAGAUAUGAUCGACUCGCACAUUGCAGUGCGAGGAGAACAACAGCUAUAUAAAAUCCUAGUACAUGGUACUGAAGAUGGCAGUACAGAUCCCAUGUAUUUGGGACCUUGGGCCGCUCUCAUUUUCCAAAGGAAUGCGUAUGAACAUUUGCUUGGGAUUGGUUGGAAUUUUCUCCAAAUUGAAGAAUUGCUUUUUCGGAAUAUGCCAGAGUUUGUUCUGAAAUAUUUCUUUGAAAUGGGGGCGAAUUUUUAUGAUGUAAAUCUUAAUUAUGUCAGUGUUAGGUGCCUACGAGCCUUGAAUUAUCCUCCAUACCCACUAGGUCACUAGUAUAUUGGAAGCCUUUUUGUAGUUUUUCAGCAUUUUGGAAAAGUGGUAUGUCUUUUAUGCACGUAGUAGUCAUUUCCUCUUCAGUCGUUUCUUCUUUGUUUGUCUUUCCUUCUGAAUCUGAUUGGAAUUGUAAUGUCUCGAUACGCUGGUGAAUUGCUCAUUGAUGAAUACUCAAUCACAUAUGAUGGUGUCUAUUGGAACCCUCGAUUUAGUAAUUGGAAUUUUCUCACAUAAGGAUUUUCUCUUUAUAUGAUUAGAGUCUUAGAUCGACUAAAACGCCCUAUUUAUAGCCAAUAUAGGUAGCCCAUACUUUUUGGUAGGUUGAAUCGUUGUUGAAAUCUUUUUUGAGAGCUCGAUUGAUCGAGGCAGUGUUAGAUACCUACUGCGAAGUUGCUCCAUCAGUCGACCAGUUAAUUGAAGCACAUUGGGAAUUCAUUUUAUAAAAAAUCCCAGUUUUUGAUAAACAUGAUUAAAAUGGUAUUUUGAGCCUUGUAAAGAUCAUACAUAGUUGGUCUUUAUGGUCUCAACUUACAUCAACCUAGAUAUGUGACCGAGUCUUGAGAUAUUUGCGGCAUGGUCUUCAUUGAGCUGUAUUUUCAUCAUCUUUUGUGGUUGUAAACACGUGACUCACGACUUUGACCUCCUUCUCCCCUCCGUUUGUUGUGGUCAUUGUACAGUGAGAAAUCUCACCCCCUGCCUUUAGACGAGAGAGCUUCUUGUACCUCCGCUAGACAAAUCAAUAGGAAAUGCUACAACCCAUUGUUCUUUUUACGAUGAACCACUCUGGUACAGUCUGUACUGUACUUCAAAGUCCUAAUUGUGGCAUGUGAAAACAUCCCUUCCCUUGGUUUGAAGCCUUUUUAUUUUUAUUUUUUCUUUCUUAAGGUCUGUACAGCAAAUAGGAAAUUGCCAGCAUAUGACUCUUAUUCCUAACAGAAACAUAUUAACAUACUUAAGUCAUUGAUCUCAACUUCUUUUGUAGGAAUGCAUAUGGCUUCUGAAGUUUUUUAGGGGCUGUAUGUUGUCUCAAUCAUUUAUGCUUAGGCAUUAGUUUGCUGCCUUCAUGGCUCCUUCACUUCACAAGCAGGGUGCUGAUCACUAACCCACCUUCUUAAUUAGAAAGCCCUUUUUAUUUUGAUGCUUUCUUUGUGUGGUACACUGUUUGUAGAGACUCAUUGAUGCUUUUAGUACUUCAUGAAUGUGUCCGUGAUAAAAAUAAAUAAAUAAAUUUCAUAAUUUAGGAUUUCCCAUACAAUGUUUCCAAACGCAAGCUUUAUGUAACAAACACGUCUUAAAAAGGCUCAUGUCCGACAGUCAUCAAAACAAGACGAACACACUCCAAAAGGUGUUCAAGCUUUGUUUUCUUCUUUUCUUCAAGAAAAAUUUAAAUCAUACACAUGGUCAUCAUUUUGAAAAAUAUAACACGGAAGCUUUUGUGGAUAUAAAUUGAAAUCUUUAAUACUUUGAAUAGUUAUAUCCUCCGUAUAUGCAAUCUUAGUACAAAAAUUAGAAAAUUAUUGAAAGUUUAUAUUUUCAUAUAUAUAUAUAUAUAUAUAUAUAUAUAUAUAUAUAUAUUAUAUUUCCAUUUCCAUGUCUGUAUUCUGCCCCUUUUUGGGUUUGAUGUAUGCAAGCAUAUGGAAUAUGACAGACUUGGCACGUAAAACUCCAUCAAAAUGCAUAAGGAGGAAUGCUGGUGGAAUUUGCUAUAAGAAUACAAAAAUAGAAACAUUCAAUAGAAUUGGUCACGGUAGAAGAUUGAUAGAGAUAUAUUGAUAUAAGGUAGCAUUGUACUUGUCACAGCAAAAUAUGACUAGAUCAAUAUCUACUACGUAGGCUAAAUAAAUUAAAGAAACAAAUACUACAUUUUUGCACCCAAAGAUUGUUGAAUACAAGAAAGGAACAAAAAAUUUGUCCAUGGAUAAUUCUAAUUUUCUAACUCUUAGGGCAUUUUUUGCUAAAACAGUAUGAAAAUGAAGACUGAAUUAAUUUAAAAAAAAAAAAAAAUGAAAACCAAAAA